AUGGUGGAAGAGAAUGCCAAGCGCAACAAGUUGAUGGAAAUUCUGCGCCUUGGAAAACUCGAGCCUCCCAUCAUCAUUUUCGUCAACCAAAAGCAGGGAGCAGACGUACUGGCCAAGCGCCUGGAGAAAUUUUGGUUCAAUGCUUGUAUUCUGCACGGUGGUAAGGGUCAGGAGCACCGUGAAUUCGCCCUCUCCAACUUGAAGUACAAUCCGGUUGCAGGUUCUAGAAAGACAUCUAGUGUUCACGGUUUCAAUCCCUUCCUCAAAUAGUGAAAGUCGCUUUAAAUAUAUAGUUCACUUAAUUAUCAUGUAUU